GUAGUACUUUACUUUUAACUAUUUCUUGAACCUCUUUCAUCUUCAUCUUUCACUCUUCUCUGCUUUUCUAUUAGUACAUGCUCCGCUGGCGUCGAUUCUUCACCAUGGCCGAAACUGCUGCAAAGAAAGUCAAGACCUCCUCUCCCUUGAUUGGAACUCACAACGGCCACUUCCACGCCGAUGAGGCUCUUGCUGUCUAUCUCCUCCGUCUUCUGCCCACAUACUCCUCCUCUCCCCUCCUCCGGACCAGAGACCCCGCUCAAUUAGCUACAUGCCACACCGUCGUCGACGUGGGCGGAGAGUACGAUGCUGCCAGCAACCGCUAUGAUCAUCACCAGCGCACUUUCGCAACCACUUUCCCCAACCACAACACCAAGCUCUCCUCCGCGGGCUUGGUGUAUAUGCACUUCGGUCGGGCCAUCAUCGCCCAGCACACCUCGUUGCCCGUGGACCAUGAGGAUGUGACUCUUCUGUACGAGAAGCUUUACACCGAUUUCAUUGAAGCCAUUGAUGCCAACGAUAAUGGUGUCUCUGUCUACGACCCCGCUGCUGUUUCCGCUGCCAACAUCCAGAAGCGCUUCAAGGAUGGCGGGAUCACCAUCACCUCCGUGGUGGGUGACAUGAACAACCCGGACCCCACCUGCCCUCCCGGCGAGCCUCAGGACGAGGAUAGUCUGUUCGCCAGAGCCAGCACAUUCAUUGGCAACGUCUUUGCUCGCAAGUUGCACCAUGCCGUUUCCUCCUGGCUGCCUGCGCGGACCACCGUAGGCGCUGCUUACCGUUCCCGUCGGGACGUUCACCCGUCCGGCCGGAUCAUCGUCCUGCCCCAGGGUGGUGUGCCCUGGAAGGAGCACCUCUACAACUUCGAGAAGGAAGCCUCUGGAUCAGAGGAAACCAACCCAGAUGAGGAGGCUUACUAUGUUCUGUACCCCGAGAGUGCGGCAGAAGAUUCGAAGUGGCGUGUGCAGUGCGUCUCUGUAAACGAGGGUAGCUUCGUGUCUCGCAAGCCUCUUCCCGAGGCGUGGCGGGGUGUCCGCGACGCCGAUCUCGACGGUGUUAUGGCCGCAGAGGCUGAGAAAUCUGGGAAGCCCAAGGUUCCCGAGGGUGCCGUUUUCGUUCACGCCAGCGGCUUCAUUGGUGGCCACCAGACCAAGGAAGGUGCCCUUGCCAUGGCCACCCGUGGUCUGGAACAAUAAGCUGCAAGUAUAGUUGGCAGCUGCGGAUGAAUGCAAUUACGAUAGAAUUUAUGCGUACAUACUUCUUGUCAUGACGGUACGGGAUUCAGUUAGGAAAACUAUCUAAAAGUUAUAUUGUUG